AUGAAGGAUGUGGAGGAGUUCAGGGUGAUCUGGGCCCAUGGUGAUGUGUUGGCUCUCUGUCUGUCUCUCAGGUCAUCCUGCCUGUCUGUCUGUCUGUCUGACUGUCUGUCUGUCUCUCAGGUCAUCCUGUCUGCGUUCCAGCAGCAGAAAGAAGUGAAGUUAAAAAGUUCUCCGGCUGAUCUGGUGACAGAAACUGACCAACGGGUGGAGAAGCUCCUGAUCUCUGCCAUCAGCAGCAGAUUCCCGCAGCACAGGUUCAUCGGCGAGGAGUCUGUGGCGGCCGGCGAGCGUCUGCAGCUGACCGACAGCCCCACCUGGAUCAUCGACCCCAUCGACGGCACCGUCAACUUCGUACACAGGUUUCCAUUUGUGGCGAUCUCCAUCGCCUUCACCGUCAACAAGCAGACGGAGUUUGGGAUCGUGUACAGCUGUGUGGACGACAAACUGUUCACGGCUCAGAGAGGAAGAGGAGCGUUCCUCAACGGAGCGCCACUGCACGCCUCCGGACAGGAAGACGUCAGCAGGUGUGUGGUGGUGACGGAGAUCGGGGCGGAGCGUGAUGACCUCGCUCUCUCCACCCUAACCUCCAACAUCUGCAGACUGCUGCAGCUCCCUGUUCACGGGGUGCGUGCGCUGGGCACCGCGGCGGUGGACAUGGUCCAGGUGGCGGUGGGGGGGGCAGACGUCUACUACCACGUCGGGAUGCACUGCUGGGACAUCGCCGCGGCAGCCAUCAUCGUGCAGGAGGCUGGAGGCGUCGUCAUGGAUACAGACGGCUCGGUGUUUGACAUGAUGUCCCGCAGAGUGCUCGCCGCCAGCUCGGCCACCGUGGCCCGACGCAUCGCCGAGGUCAUCCGCGCGUUUCCCUGUCGCCGUGACGACGAGGAGACCGCCGGCAGCGGAGUGUAGGUCAGCUAACAGGAAGUCACACUGCUUCUUGUCAGCUGACAGGAAGUCACACUACUUCCUGUCUGGGAUGUUUGGCUGUUUAAAUAAAUCUGAGUCUAAAUAAAGUUAAA